GUCCACAACAUUAUUACAACAUAAUAACUUGAUGUCCUUCAGUGUUAAUAUUCACUUGUAUUUAUUUCGGACUAAAAGAUAUCUAUCUUCAUUUCAAGCACAUUCCCCGAUCGAAAAUGAAGCUGUUUGUAAUACUGUUUCUGCAAUCGUUUUUUAUAUACUUAACAAUAGGAACACCAGUUACAGGUGACAGCAGUUGCGAUGUCUACGGAACUUUGAUCUACGAAGACUUCGGAUGCACACCUGAACACGAUAAUGCAUCCAAGUGUCCUUCACGUUUUUCUUGUAAAGGGCUUGAACCAUCUAAAGAUCAGUGUUAUUUUCGUGGUAGAGCUUAUCAAAAUCGUGAAGAGGUCAACACUAGCUUAUUACUUCCUUCAUGUGAAUCGAGUUGUUUUUGCCAAACCAACGAAAACAGAGCUAGAUUCACUUGUGCAAUUACGGAGUGUGCGGAAGAGCUAGGAAGGCCCUUCAAAAAAGGCUGUUAUGGAAAAUACACGUUGGAUAGUUGCUGUUCAGUGGGCGAAGUUUGUCGUACAAUUGAGCACGCCCAUAUCAAUGACUCACCCUGUAUAAUGCUUGCUCCGUUUGAUGAUGAUGCAAAAUGCGUAGUGGACGGUGAAGAAUACAAAGAGGGUCAAGAAUUUUUUCCUAAAAACACCUGUUUGCAAUGUGUGUGUCAAAAAGGCUUCAAUGGUAAGUUUGAAGCACCGUUUUGUCGCAGAAGAUGGUGUGGUGUACAACUUCGAUCUAGUGGAGUCCACAGUCAAAAUUCUUGCGCCCCAUUCUACAGUCUGGAUUCGAAUACACAACAGGAUCAGGUUUUGUGUUGUCCCAAUGGCUGGCUUUGUCCUGAUGGUUCCGAAGUUAUUACGGGUGAAGAGAAGUCAGAACACUCGUGUAAAUUUGGAGAUAAAAUAGUUAAAGUUGGACAAUCCUUUGAGAGAAAUAAUUUCACGGAUAGUUAUGGAAGACAUGCUGAGAAAGUAAAAUGCGAAUGCGUUAUUCCACCUUUAGUAAAGUGCACAGGCGCUUUAGUAACUGAUACUACUCGUUAAACUUUUCAGUUCCAGAAUUAUUUCUAGAAACAUGAUUAAAAAAUAAUGGGUUUGUAAUUAAAAUCGAGAUUAAAAUAGAUAUUAUGUACUGUG